AUGGAGGAUGAGAUUUUAUAUGCAAGGAUUAAAACAUAUUUAACUGGAGCAGGGACUUACGGGACAGGCAAGUCCCUUACAUUGUCAGUAAAGGGCGCAGGUUACAAACGAGUUGUAACUGUUCAGACCUACGGCGCCCGCGUGCAGCGCCUCCUGCCGACGCGCGCCUCGCAGCCUUCAGUCGACGCUGACAGCUGUUCUCCAACACCCAGCUAGGGGCGGGAGAGUCUGCCCACUUCUACCAGAUUUUGAACACAAAACAGUGGAAAGACCACUUUCAUGGCUCCAAGCCGUUUUCUCCCUUCAUCGCCUGCAAUUUUGGGGCUCUUCGGGGGGGAGACGUACGAGGAGGACCGGGAGUACGAGAGCCAGGCCAAACGUCUCAAGACCGAGGAGGGGGAGAUCGACUACUCGGCCGAGGAAGGCGAGAACCGCCGGGAAGCGACGCCUCGGGGCGGGGGCGAUGGCGGAGGCGGUGGCCGGAGCUUCUCCCAACCGGAGGCAGGUGGAAGUCAUCAUAAAGUUUCUGUUUCACCCGUCGUCCAUGUUCGAGGACUCUGUGAAUCUGUGGUGGAAGCAGACCUUGUGGAAGCGCUGGAAAAAUUUGGGACAAUAUGCUAUGUGAUGAUGAUGCCAUUUAAACGACAGGCUCUAGUGGAAUUUGAAAACAUAGAUAGUGCCAAAGAAUGUGUGACAUUUGCUGCAGAUGAACCCGUGUACAUUGCUGGUCAACAGGCUUUUUUCAACUAUUCUACAAGCAAAAGGAUCACUAGGCCAGGAAAUACUGAUGAUCCAUCAGGAGGCAACAAAGUUCUUCUGCUCUCAAUUCAGAAUCCGCUUUAUCCAAUUACAGUGGAUGUUUUAUAUACUGUCUGCAACCCUGUUGGCAAAGUGCAGCGUAUUGUUAUAUUCAAAAGAAAUGGGAUACAAGCAAUGGUUGAGUUUGAAUCAGUCCUUUGUGCCCAGAAAGCUAAAGCAGCACUCAAUGGAGCUGAUAUAUAUGCUGGAUGUUGCACACUAAAAAUUGAAUAUGCACGGCCAACUCGUCUAAAUGUUAUUAGGAAUGACAAUGACAGUUGGGACUACACUAAACCAUAUUUGGGAAGACGAGAUAGAGGAAAGGGUCGCCAGAGACAAGCCAUUUUGGGAGAACACCCUUCUUCGUUUAGACAUGAUGGCUAUGGAUCCCAUGGUCCAUUAUUGCCUUUGCCAAGUCGUUACAGAAUGGGCUCUCGAGAUACACCUGAGCUUGUUGCUUAUCCAUUACCACAGGCUUCUUCCUCUUACAUGCAUGGAGGAAAUCCCUCUGGUUCAGUUGUAAUGGUUAGUGGAUUACAUCAACUAAAAAUGAAUUGUUCAAGAGUCUUCAACCUAUUCUGCUUAUAUGGAAAUAUUGAGAAGGUAAAAUUUAUGAAGACCAUUCCUGGUACAGCACUGGUAGAAAUGGGUGAUGAGUAUGCUGUAGAAAGAGCUGUCACACACCUUAAUAAUGUCAAAUUAUUUGGGAAAAGACUUAAUGUUUGCGUGUCUAAACAACAUUCAGUUGUUCCAAGUCAAAUAUUUGAGCUGGAGGAUGGUACGAGUAGCUACAAGGAUUUUGCAAUGAGCAAAAAUAAUCGCUUUACAAGUGCUGGCCAAGCAUCUAAGAAUAUAAUCCAGCCACCCUCCUGUGUUUUGCAUUAUUAUAAUGUUCCAUUGUGUGUCACAGAGGAGACCUUCACAAAGUUGUGUAAUGACCAUGAAGUUCUUACAUUCAUCAAAUAUAAAGUGUUUGAUGCAAAACCUUCAGCCAAAACACUUUCUGGGCUAUUAGAAUGGGAGUGCAAAACUGAUGCAGUAGAAGCCCUGACGGCACUGAAUCACUAUCAGAUAAGAGUCCCGAAUGGUUCCAAUCCCUAUACAUUGAAGCUUUGCUUUUCUACAUCAUCCCAUUUAUAAGAAGAGAAGAGCAUGUUAGAAUUUAUGUUCACCUUUAUUACAAUUUCAAAGCUACACUUCAUUAAAAAAAUCUAAAAUGGUUGAUCUCAUGUUGCCUUGCUUACUUUAAGAUCCUGUUCUGUAAUAAACAUAUUUUGCCUUGAGUAAAUUUGUUGUAAACUUAAAUAUUGAAUUGUUUUCAUUUUAAGAUAGAAUAUCAUAAUGUAGACUAUCUACAGCUUCAUUGUAGAUUAUACAGAUAUAUAAUUUCUAACCUUAUUACUGUAAUUUUUCUUCCACAGUAAAAAUAUAUUUGCAUUCUUAAUGCUAAUUAUCUGCAAGUAUUUUUUCAUUGUGUAAGAGAUUAAUGCAGGUGAAAGUAUUGCAUUUUAAUAUAGAAUUCCUAUUAUAUGUUUAGAUGUUUAAGUAUGUUGCAGUUACUCAUAUUAAACAUAACUUUGUAUUUAUUUAAUCAAGUUUGAGAAUAACAUCACAUAUGUUGAAUUUUAAGUACUACAGAUUUAACUGAUUUUAUAUUUCUGAAAGGCUAACAGACAUGGAUACACUUGUACAGUAUGCAUUCAAACUUAUUUAAAUUGGUGUAUUUUUUUUUAAGUCAGUGUCCAUUUGUAUUGACAUGCCUCUCUGUUUCUAGUCCAGUUUGGAGAUUUUAUAAACUUAUAACAAUGAGUUAAUGUGUUCAUUUUCCUUUGUUGCAUGUGACUUAAAUACAGCUAGUAUUUGGCAUUGAGAUUUUAAUAGAGGUUAUAAUUAACAGUUCCUCUUAUAGAUAAUAAUCUGGGAUCUAUGGGUGGGCUUCAGAGAAUCUGUGUACCCCCUAAAAUUGUAUGUAGAAUUUUGGAUAUUUACAUUUUUAUUUUUUACUCUUGAAUCCAUCAGUAAUAUGUAUUUUUCUAUAUGGUACAAGAUUUAAGGAUCUAAUUUUAUUUUUAUUCCAAACAGAUAGCUAUUUGUCUCAAUACCAUUUAUUAAACAUUCUUUCUCCCACUGGAUCUGCUUUUUUUUUUUUUUCUUUUUAAAAUAAUAGAUUUUAUACCUAGGCAAGUAAGAUUUAAGGACCAAACGUGGUAUUAAGAGACUAUAGCACGAUUGUUACCAAGUUCACAGCUUUUUUACAAUAGAAAAACUGAUGUGGCCAUUUUGUUUUCAUCUUUAAAAAAAGGGAGAAUAUGUGUCAUCUACCUAGAAUAACUGAUAUCAAUAGUUGGUAAUAGCAGUUUUGUAAUCCUGACACUUUUAAACAAAUUUGUAAAUGCAAGUUCCAUUUAGAUCUUUUGUAAAGACUUUAUUUUAAAUUUUAAUUUAAAAGUCCUUUUAUAAAUAAGGCACGUGUUUACAGUUUUAGAGCUGUUUAAUAGAAAGUUUAGAUGGAAACUAAACACACAUUAACAUUUAUUUCCCCUCAUUUUGAUGGCAGUGGACCAGCAUUUCCUCUAAAGAUAAAUAAAAAAUUAAAUUUUAACCUAGAAGUAUUUUAGACCCUUAUCACAGAACCCAGUAAGUUAUGCCAAGGGUAACUGUGUGAACUGUGUUCGAUACUGGGCUAUGUAUGUUUCUUACUCGUUGCCAAUUUAAUACCUAAGUUUAUCUAACUUUACAAUAAACAAAGCUUUUUUCCCCCUAUAAA